AUGGCAAGUGAUAUUGGAUCAAAUUUGUUUGGUGAUCCAGCCAUUUGGUGUGGCAGUGGAUCAAAAUCAUCACUGUCACCAGAGUCUAGUAGUUCUUCAACAGAGGAGUUUUCUUCUUCUGGUUCCAAUUUGAUUGACAACAUGCCUGGAUUGACCAAAAGUCCAUUUGUUCCUGUAAAUUUCUUGGAAACAUUUCCUCAGCUGAGUAGAGUUCAAGAGCCAAAUCUGUUAGAUCCCUCAUCAUCAUCAUCAUCUUCGUCGUCCACGCAAGUUGAAGUUGUAGACUCACUUGGCAAGACCAAAGGAUGUGAUGAGCCUAGUAUGUUCCCCUAUUUAUCAACCCCUUCAUUUCCUACUCCUCAAGUAAUCGACCAAAUUCAGCGUCAACCGGGCAUGAUUGAGUGGCUUAAAUUGAAUCAAAAUUUAGCAAGCCAUUCAUCUAAAGGCUUCAAUGAUUACUGGCUAAGCACGACGAAGACGCAGCCAAUGAAACGCACUGGAAGGUCAUCAAGAUUGCAGCAGCAGAUCAAUCAACACCACAAGCAGCCUCAUAACAAUUUGUCAUCAGCAUCAUCAUCUCCAGGGAAGCUAUUUAGAGGAGUUAGGCAAAGGCAUUGGGGGAAAUGGGUGGCUGAGAUUCGAUUACCAAGAAACCGAACAAGGGUCUGGUUGGGGACUUUUGACACAGCUGAGGAGGCUGCCAUUGCAUAUGACACAGCCGCCUACAUGUUGCGUGGUGAGCAUGCCCAUUUGAAUUUCCCAGAUUUGAAGCAUCAACUUAAGGCCAAUGCUUUGAAAGGAAACACAGCUGCUCUGCUUGAAGCAAAGUUACAAGCAAUAUCUUCAUCACAAGCACAUCAGAAGGCCAUCAUGGAGUCCAAAUCAUCACAAUUAGCAUCACCAAACAAGCACUCGGCUGAUGAUCAUGAUGAUCACAAGUACUCAAAUAUCAUGAUCAAUAGUAAUUUCAGCCAAAACCCAACAAGAAAAGAGUGGCAGUUUGGAUUGGAGAGCAAAGUUGGAUCUGAUCAUCAGGUGGUAAUUGAAAGCACGAAAAGCCAGCAGGAGUUAGUAUCAGCAGAUGUGGAUGCUGUUCAGCUAAGUAGAAUGCCCUCUUUGGACAUGGACAUGAUAUGGGAUGCUCUUCUGGUUUCUGAUUCAUAA